AUGGGCGUCACAAGUUUUAUGCAGGAAUUUUCUAGCCCUGUACCACCACAUAUAUUGUUCAAGGCGGUCAUCCUAGACAUCCACAACCUUGUCCACAAGGUCAUGCCUCAGGCCAUCGAAAGCAUCGACAUCGUCCAAGGCAACGGUGGCCCCGGAACCAUCAAGCAAAUCAAUUUCGCUAAAGGUACACGUUAUAAAUACAUGAGGCACAGGAUUGACAGCCUGGAUGUGGAGAAUUUUAGGUGCAAGUACACUUUGACUGAAGGAGAUGUGUUGACAGAAAAGAUUGAGUACAUUUCUUAUGAGGUAGAGUUUGAGAAGGCUUCAGAAGGAGGGUGUGUUUGUAAGAUGAGAAGUGAGUACCACAUUGCACAAGACUUUGAGAUCGACGAGGAAGAGAUUAGGAUUGGCAAAGAAAGAGCCAUUGGCAUGUAUAGAGUCGUUGAAGCUUACCUCUUUGAGAAUCCUGGUGCCUAUGAUCAGGAAAAUGACGAGUCAAUGUUUCUGAUUAAUUGA